AUGGCGGACCGGCUCAGCGAGCUACCUGACGACGUCCUGCUCUCCAUCCUGAAACGUGUCGACCUACGCGACGCAGUAAGAACAGCGAUACUCGCUAAACGGUGGAGGCAUCUCCCGGCCGCGCUGCCCGAUAUCGUACUGGACGUCCUCUCCUUCAGAAAGAAGCAGGAUGAUGAUCAUCAGGAUGGUUUCACUUUCACGUCGAGACUGUCCCGAGAAGCUCGAGCCAACCUCGCCGUGGCGCACGCCGCGAAAGCCAUCCUCGCGCGUCGCAGCGGCGAGCACGCCAUCGACCGCCUCCUCGUGCGGUUCUACCUGAGGGCGGAGUCCAUCGGCAUCGUCCGCUCCGUCGACGACGCCAUCGCGAGCGGCCGCGCCCGCUUCCGCGAGGCGGCGUUCGACGUGAGGGGCGAGAAGCGCGCCCUCGAGUGCACGGGCAGGGACACGCUUGCGAACGGGAGGCGGCUCGCGUCGCUCGUCGGCGGGUGCCCCCGCGCGUUCGCGGGGCUCACGCGGCUGCGCGUCGAGAGCGUGACGCUGCGCGGGUCCAACGACGUGGCGAACGUGCUCGCCGCCUGCGAGAACCUGGAGAUCCUCUCCUUGCACAGCUGCGACGCAUCAGCUGGCUCGAACGUGGCGGCGUUGGAGAUGGAGCACCCGCGGCUCGUUCGCCUCGACGUUGACGCGUGCGACUUCGAGACCGUAGAUCUCAAGUGGCUCCCGAGGCUGGUUCAGGUCUCCAACAACAUCUGGUUCCCUUCACGGACUCUACCUCCGCUUGUUUUUGGCCAUGUUCCACAGCUCCGGACAGUACUCUCCACUGUCGGUACAGUUAACUACAGAACUCUCAAGCUAAGCGGGCUUCUUGUCAAUGCCACCGGCAUACGUACACUGCAAAUGAUUUUUGAGAGUGAAAAGAUCUGGUUCCAACCUGAAAGCCCGAAACAUCUGGCUCCACUUCUCCGCAAUCUGAGGAUUGCAUGUUUGGACAAGAUUCACAAGGAAUGUGACCUCAUUUGGACGAUGUUUGUGUUAGAAGCUGCACCCCUCUUAAAGGAGCUUCGCAUAUCGGUAACAGAGCACUCUUGUGGCAGCUUGGCAGCAGCGGAUGUCAUGAGGAAGCUACUGUACUGCAAGAAAAACAAUAUAGAGUGGCACAUUGAUUCUGAUUUCAGGCACUACAAUCUGCUGUUGGUCACUGUUGUUGGUUUUGAGAUCAAGGAUAAAUUUGUGAAACUCAUAAAACGUCUAGCACACGCGGCUGUCAAUUUGGAAGAUAUACAUCUGGAGGAUGAAGUCAAAUGGAAGGAGCAACCGAAAGGAGGAGAGUACUGA